AGAGUCCAGGAAUUCUUUGUGCGAAGAGCCAACCCAAAGAAAGGAAUGUUUGCCAGCACCCACCUAGUGGUCAAAGAGCCAGAUGGUUCUAAGUAUGAAGCAGCAAAGAAAUGGAAUUUACCUGCAGUCACUAUGGCUUGGCUCUUGCAAUCUGCAAGGACAGGAAAGAAAGCAGAUGAAAGCAAGUUCCCAGUUGAAAAUGUUAACACUGGAGAUAAAGAUGAGAGUUUCAUAAGUCAGCCCAACAAGACAGAGACCACUAUAAUGUCUUCAGAUAUACCAGACCAUCCUAGCAAUCUCCUUGAAACUGGGAAGAAAACAGCUGUGACGCCUCUUGAUGUGAACCGGUUCCAGAGUAAAGCUUUCCAUAGUGUGAUCUCGCACCAUAUUGGGCAAAAGCCAACCCUUCCUGCAGAAGGAAGACUACUCCAGAAAGAACCAUCUUUACACCUUGACACACCAUCCAAAUUUCUUUCCAAAGAUAAGCUCUUCAAGCCUUCAUUCGAUGUAAAGGAUGCCCUGGCAGCUUUGGAAACUCCAGGGGCUCCCAAUCAGAGAAACAGGAAACCAAGUACUCCUCUCUCUGAAAUCAUUGGCAGGAACUUGAAAUUAGCUCUGGCAAACAGCACUCGUCAUACAGCAGCUCUUACUGCCAGCCCUCAACUGCGGGCUGCACAAGCAGAAGUGGUGGAAGAUUCAAAACCUCUUGCUGAUCUAGUCAUAUGUGUUAGUAAGAAACUCAGUAAAAAGCAAAGUGAACUGAAUGCUGUUGCCGCUUCUCUAGGAGCAGAUUACAGAUGGUGCUUCGAUGAAACAGUAACUCACUUCAUCUACCAGGGAAGACAAAAUGACAGCAGUAAGGAAUACAAAUCUGUUAAAGAAAGGGGCAUACACAUUGUGUCAGAGCAUUGGCUUUUAGAGAGUGCACAAGAAUAUAAACGACUUCCUGAAUCUCUGUUCCCUCACACUUACAAUCCCAAAAUGAGUCUGGAUAUCAGUGCAGUGCAAGAUGGCAGACUUUCUUCCAGUAGACUUUCAUCAACUGGAAAAACAGCAAAGGAAGCUGAGAGUAUUUCAGUGGAUGAAAAUGACACAGGAGAUGUAACUACUAACCAGGUAAAGGAAGCAGUCACAGUAAGAGAGGAGCAAAUUGCAGCAAAUGAAGCCAAAGGAGUUUUAACCCAGACACUGGAAAUGAGGGAGAACUUUCAAAAGCAACUACAGGAGAUCAUGUCUGCAACAUCGAUAGUGAAACCACAAGCACAAAGAGGAUCAUUGUCAAGGAAUGGUUUCGACAGUUCCCCUACCACACCAGAUGGCACACGAUCUGUGCGUAAUGGUCGUAGUAGAGUCUUGGAAGCUCUAAGGCAGUCACGGCAAGCAGUGAUGGACAUAAACACAGAGCCAUCACAAAAUGAGCAGAUUGUCUGGGAUGACCCCACUGCAAGAGAGGAGAGAGCAAGGCUUGUCAGCAACUUACAGUGGCCCAAUAGUCCUUCACAGUACUCUGAACAAAUUCAGACUGAUGUAAAUAACAUGAAUGAUUCCCCUUUCAGGGAAUCCUUCGUUGAUAGAGAAGUUGUUGAAUUAGCUGUUCAUGAUUCUGGGGACACAGGUGUGGCAGAGGUCCCAAAGCAUCCAACAUAUAGUGAUCCAGAAACCCCAGUAAAAGAUGAUCAAGUGAUCCCCACACCGCAAGCUCCCAGCAUUGCCUUCCCGCUGGCUAACCCUCCUGUGGCUCCACAGCCCAAAGAAAAGGCUAUUACAGUAGAUGAGAAGGUUGAUGAAGAACCAGAAAAACAGCGCAAAUUCCAGCUGUCUUCACUUAAUCCUCAAGAGCGAAUCGAUUACUGCCAUCUGAUUGAGGAACUAGGUGGACUGGUGCUUGAGAAGCAGUGCUUUGACCCAAGUUGUACGCACAUCAUUGUGGGACAUCCUCUUCGAAAUGAGAAAUACUUGGCCUCGAUGGCUGCUGGAAAGUGGGUGCUUCAUCGUUCCUACCUGGAGGCCUGCAGAGCAGCUGGCUGCUUUGUACAGGAGGAAGAUUAUGAAUGGGGAAGUAACUCCAUACUCAAUGUUUUGUCUGGAAUCAAUGUAAACCAAAAGAAACUAGCACUUGCAGCCAUGAGAUGGAGGAAAAAAAUCCAUAAAAGGAGGCAGGAAACUGGCAUCAUUGAGGGGGCAUUUAGUGGCUGGAAAGUGAUUUUGAAUGUUGACCAAACCAAGGAAGCAGGAUUCAAACGUCUUCUUCAAUCAGGAGGAGCAAAGGUGCUGCCAGGUCAUUCUCUGCUUCUCUAUAAAGAAGCUACUCACCUUUUUGCUGACUUCAGUAAACUGAAACCAGAUGAUGCCAGGGUUAAUGUACUGGAGGCUGCUGCCCAAGGAGUGAACUGCUUGAAACCAGAAUACAUUGCUGACUACCUCAUACAGGAGCUUCCUCCUCCCAUGGAGUGUUACUGUCUGCCAGAAGCUGUUUCUUAUCUUCAAAAUAGCAAAGAACUGGGAAUUGGAUUAUCUCAGAAGAGAAAAGCAGCUGGAGAAACAAGCAAAGUCAAAAGAUCCAGAAUACACUGAGGGGAUUCUUCAUUUUUAAUUCGUGUAUUUUAAAUUCCUAUUUAUAAAUAUUUUUCCACUCUCAAUGCUUGAAAAAAUUAAAAGCUUUUUUUAUUUAAUUUUGAAUGUAAUGUACUUAAGUUCCCUUGUGUUAGUUUGCUGUAAUAUUAGUUGGAAAGAUUGCUUUACUCUGUUAGUGGCACCUAAUGACACCAUCCACAUUUGUACAAGAAAAUAUUUUGUAUACUUAAUAUUUUGAUCACUGAGGCUUUCAGUUCACUUAGGGACAUCACCCUAUAAUAAAAACUAAGAAUA